ACUGAGGGGAGUGGCCAAGCCCAGUGGACCGGUUGUCUCAGGCCAAAAGGCCACUAAGGACCCUUACCUCCAGUUUCCUUUGCCGGGUUCACCUACCACCACUGUCUCAGCCCCCACUCGGGCCGAGCCUGGGCGCAGGGCCUGACACCUAGAGAAUGGCUCCGCCCAAACUCACAGAACUGGGUACCCGUGACCGAGAUUUGGUGAAACUGGGGCCGCUGCUAGUUUGUAUUCCUGUGCCUAACUUUCUCAGCUUCAGAAAUCUCUAAAGCAGAUGUCAUGACCCAGUGAAAGGAUCUCGGGGUAGAACGUUCAAAGGUAAUGCAGCCCAAAUACAGGUGGUCUCACGGAUCAGCUCUUGAUAAUUGAAGCUUGAGGAGAUAGUCAGGGAAACCAGCAAGGGUUUAGGACUAGCUCCACAGGGAAAAGAGGGGAUAGGGAAGGGACUCAGAAAAAUCUGGCACCAGUGGCUUUUCUGUAAUUUCCAGUCUCCAGCCCCAGUCAGUGGCCCACCCACCUCAUUCCUGUAUUUUCCCCUCUUCCUACAGAUCAGCUCAUUCCUCAAGGUGCCCAUCCACUUGCUGCAAUGUCUAGCCUCCCAAUCAAGCCUUCUCCAGGUCCGCAAGGUGCCCAUCCACUUGCUGCAAUGACUAGCCUCCCAACCACACCUUCCCCAGGAGGACUGAUCACCACAAUUCGGCAGGUCACUGAGGCCCUGUCCCCCGAAGAUGAAGCCAGCACAGCACUCAUUGCAGUUGUUAUCACCGUGGUCUUCCUCACCCUGCUCUCAGUCGUGAUCUUGAUCUUCUUCUACCUGUACAAGAACAAAGGCAGCUACGUCACCUACGAACCUGCAGAAGGAGAGCCCAGCACCAUCCUUCAGAUGGAGAGUGACUCAGCCAUGGGCAAGGAGAAGGAGGAAUAUUUCAUCUAAUGAUUCCCAGCCCCAAGGAGCUUAUCCAGGCUCCAAUGCAAACACUAACUAUUUAAUUUAUUAGGUGAAAGUUUUAUCUGAAGCCAGUGAGAAGAAUUGGUCGCUAUGGGCAAACCUGAGCUCCUUCCAGGAGGAGGCCCGAAUCCAGCAUCAUUGAUGCCAGGGACCAGGGACAUGGAGAAAACUGCUUAUGAUGUCUUUAGCCCGGCCUUUGUAAGACAGUGGGGUUUGUGACUGACCAACAAAGUGGAGCUGUAGCAGGCAACAUUUGAGUAUGUGCCCAGUCAUCUUCAAUUUUUUUCACAGGUCAAAGGGGAGGAGAGUUAGGGCCACUGGCUGCUCCUCUGUCCCCAACCUGGUCACCUAGUGACAGCCCAAGUGGAGGUACUGUCCAUAGAAGUUCUUCCCAGAGGCUGGAUACCACAGUUAGAGGCCAGGCCAGGAGGGGUAGGAGACUAUAUACUUACCUCCUAAUGAAUGUGCAACAUCCUUUCAUCUGAGCCCUUCCUUUCUGUAUUUCCCAACCUCAUACU